CUAUAUAGAAAAAAUUUCUAUAGGAAUGAAAUCCUCUAAAAUUGUUAUGAAUUUCCUUUAAAUAAAAAGGGGCCUAAGCUUGCGGAAAAGAAUGGCUUCUGCUGAGCGCAGCAAGAAGCUUCGAAUCCUUUUCAUCCCGUUCUUCGCCACAAGCCACAUCGGCCCCUUCACCGACCUCGCCGUCCGCCUCGCCGCGGCCAGGCCGGACAUCGUCGAGCCGACCAUUGCCGUGACCCCGGCCAAUGUCUCGGUCGUCCGAUCAGCCGUCAAGCGGCACGGCUCCGUGGCGAGCAGCAUGGUCAGCAUCGCCAAGUAUCCGUUCCCGGAUGUGGCUGGCCUCUCUCCGGGCGUCGAGAACCUCUCCACCGCCGGCGACGAAGGGUGGCGCAUCGACAACGCCGCCUUCAACGAGGCACUGACACGGCCGCCGCAGGAGGCGGUCAUCAGGGAGCAGUCCCCCGACGUCCUCAUCACGGACUCCCACUUCUCCUGGAUCGUCUACAUCGCCGAGGGCCUCGGCAUGGCGUGCUUCCGAUUCUGCGUCAUCGGUUUCUUCUCCAUCCUCGCCAUGCGCCUCCUCGCCGGCGCCGCUGCCGACGCGAACGGCUCCGAUUCGGAGUCGCUCACCGCCGCGGGGUUUCCGGGGCCGAAGCUGCAGAUCCCGAGGUCCGAGGUGCCGGACUUCUUGACCCGCCAACAGAAUUUCGACAAGUUUGACAUGCGCAAGUUGCAACAGUCGCAAGACAGGUGCCAUGGCAUCGUCGUCAACUCGUUCUUGUUCCUGGACAAGCCAUACUGUGAGAAGUUCGUGUGCAACGGCUUCGCGAAGCGCGGCUACCAUGUCGGCCCACUCUGCCUUCCGAAGCCACCGGCCGUAGGCAACGUCGGCGAGCCGUCGUGCAUCAGCUGGUUGGACUCGAAGCCGAGCCGGUCGGUGGUGUACAUAUGCUUCGGCACAUUUGCUCCCGUCUCGGAGGAGCAGCUCCAUGAGCUGGCUCUCGGGCUGGAAGCCUCCGGCAAGCCGUUCCUUUGGGCGGUCAGGGCGGCUGACGGGUGGGCGCCACCGGCGGGGUGGGAGGAGCGUGUCGGUGACAGGGGAUUGCUCGUCAGAGAUUGGGUCCCGCAGACGGCGAUACUUGCCCACUCGGCGACGGCGGCGUUCUUGACGCACUGCGGCUGGAACUCGAUGUUAGAGGGUGCGACGGCUGGUGUCCCGUUGCUGACAUGGCCGCUGGUGUUCGAGCAGUUCAUCACGGAAAGGUUCGUCACGGACGUCCUGCGGAUUGGCGAGAGGGUGUGGGACGGGCCCCGUAGCGUGCGGUACGAAGAGAAGGCGGUGGUGCCGGCGGCGGCGGUGGCGCGAGCCGUGGCGAGGUUCUUGGAGCCUGGAGGGACAGGGGACGCGGCGAGGAUCAGAGCGCAGGAGCUCGCCGCGGAGGCUCACGCGGCCGUGGCCGAAGGCGGCUCGUCGUACGACGAUCUGCGCAGGCUCAUCGACGAUAUGGUAGAAGCAAGGGCGGCCGCCGGCGGGGUUGCACCGGCACGGCAACCUCAGUAGUCUAUUAAUUUCGCUCCGUUGCCAUGAGCGAUGCACUACUCCUGCAGGGACUUCAGAAGUGUUGUUCUUGUCACUUGUGACUGUGAGAAGCGUUUAUUCAGAGUGCAUGCAAACCGCAGUCUUCAGUUGAUCAGCUCCAACGAAGAUCUGCACCUGCAAUAUAUAUUGGCUUAAUUUGGCCUUGUUCUAAUUUGAAAUUAAAGCUUUUAAGUUGCAUCUGAUAUCUGUCGUUGCCUUCAGAGGUUUCUAAUAUUUCCCUUCUGAAAAUUUCAUCUU